UGCUGUAAAUGGGGUUUGCCACCCGGAAUGAGCUCGCUCUGGAUUAUUAUGGAAAAACUGGUUUCGCCGCUGAUGGAUGACCAAAUGGCAGAGGCUCUGCGCCAACUAGACACAGAGUGGUUCACAAAACUAAGGCCUCGAUGGGUCGAUAUCAUUGGUGCUUAUGCCGGAAAAGAGCUGUUUCUGGUCGAUGGAGAUGCGCUCAUCCAGGUCGUCUUGGAUGAUCGGCUGCUACAGCUGGGCAGAUCGAAUUCCUGCGAUUUCCAGAUAUUACACGCGUUCUACAGCGUCGAAUCAUUCCUUCAGGAUCUACAAAAGCGAGGAGCAGUGUUUCACAUCGUUUUCUUUGAUUCGUCUGACCAACAACCUCGUCUAGGCAAUCGUCCGUUAGCAAUCGGGACUUCUGCUGAUGCAUGGAAGGCGUCUUCAAGGUCUCUUGCACACAAAACACUCAAGGCAUACAUUCAGAGUCUUGAAUUUGACACGCACGACUUUACCGAUCUCAGUGAUCAAGACUGGAAGAAUUAUGUAUUCUUCAACAAGCCGUUAUUCAUUCUGAGCAACGACCACGCCGUGCCAGAACCUGACCAGGAUGAAGAUAUUCUCAAAACUGCAAACCUUCUUCAUCGAAUAUUCCUCAGGAAUAUGCUCGACGAAG